CGAAUGCCAAUCUGCUGAUAGCACCACCAUCUACCUUCUCCGUUUGAAGCAUCGCCGGUGGUCAUCGGUGGCACGGGGAUAACGGGGGCGCAUUUGGACGCGGCUCUGGAUGGAGAUGAUACCGGGUACCGACUGAGCAAGAAACAACGCCUCCGUUGAAUUUCAGGGUCGCUGUGAGGACUAAUCCGAGAGCUGGAGGAGAGAGGAGGACGAGGACGCGACGAGCAUCUUUUACAACGAGUAGUCAUUUUAUAAGGCUGUGACUAACGCGUUACUUGUGUCCAGAGUGGAUUUGUAGAAGUGGUCGUCUGGAACAUUCUAUCAGCGGGGAUUCUAUCAGCGGGGACUGGAGAGUCUUUUGGGGGGGGGACGAUCAUCUGACAUUUGAUUCUCGGGAUUUGACACCGUGAAGGGAAGAUGUCGGGGCAGACGCUCACGGACCGUAUCGCCGCGGCGCAGUACAGCCUGACGGGCUCCGAGGUGGCUCGUGCUGUCUGCAAAUCGACCACUCAUGAACAGACAGCGCCGAAGAAGAAGCACUUGGAAUACCUGAUCCAGGCGACCCAGGAGACCAACGUGAACGUGCCCCAGAUGGCAGACACACUAUUUGAGCGCGCGGGCAACGCCAGCUGGGUGGUAGUGUUCAAGGCCCUGGUCACCACUCACCACCUCAUGGUGCACGGAAACGAGAGGUUCGUCCAGUUCCUGGCCUCCAGGAACACCCUCUUCAACCUCAGCAACUUCCUGGACAAGACCGGCUCCCACGGCUACGACAUGUCUACGUUUAUCAGGCGUUACAGCCGCUAUCUGAACGAGAAGGCCUUCGCCUACAGACAAAUGUCCUUUGACUUCGGACGAGUGAAGAAGGGGUCUGAUGGAGUGAUGAGGACCAUGUCAGUAGAUAAGUUGUUGAAAGGGAUGCCCAUCUUACAGAGCCAGAUAGAUGCUCUGCUGGAGUUUGAGGUCCAUCCCAAUGAGCUGACCAAUGGCGUGAUUCAAGCCUGCUUCCUGCUCCUCUUCAAGGACCUGAUCAAGUUAUACGCCUGCUACAACGACGGCAUCAUCAACCUUCUAGAGAAGUUCUUCCAGAUGAAGCGAGGCCAGUGUAAAGACGGCCUGGAGAUCUACAAGAGAUUCCUCACCAGGAUGACCCGGGUGUCUGAGUUCUUCAAGAUCGCUGAGCAAGUGGGGAUCGACAAGAACGACAUCCCGGAGUUGACUCAGGCGCCGGAGAGUCUGCUGGAGUCCCUGGAAACACACCUCAACACCCUGGAGGGGAAGAAGCCGUGAGUAGCCCUCCUCACUCACAUCAAUCACUCACACGCUGACCUGCGCAUGCCCAGCUCACACGCUG